AUGGUCCUCGCGAACGAAGAACCUGGGACUUCGGAAUCACAUCCGUAUUGGUAUGCUCGUAUCAUCGGCAUCUUCCAUGCCAACGUCUUUCACGUUGAUCCCAAGUCAACAUCACCAGGCGACACUCACACGAUGGACUUCCUGUGGGUUCGUUGGUUUGGUCACGACACCGAGUAUCGCAGCGGAUUCAAAGCCCGUCGUUUGCCCCGCAUCGGAUUUUUCGACGGAAAUGAGGACCGCGCAUUCGGAUUCUUGGACCCCAACGAUAUCAUUCGAGCCGCACAUCUCAUGCCUGCUUUUUCACAAGGCCGUUCCCGAGAACUCCUGGGCCGUUCCAUUGCUCACAACCAAAAAGACGAGGAGGAGUGGCUCAGAUAUUACGUCGGCAUGUUUGCUGAUCGAGAUAUGGUGAUGAGGUAUCUCGGCGGGGGUAUAGGACAUAAAGCUACCCACGACUUCGCCCCCCCGCUGCCCCACAGGAUCUUGUUGUGGAGGACGACACUGAGGAGCAAGUUGAACAGAUGGAUGAUGGGGCUGAAGAAGAAGAUAUGGAUGGGGUAG